AUGUUAUUUACCGGAUUCCUAGCAGACAAAUUCAACGCAAAAUAUAUGAUUAUUGUUAGUGUAUUGCUUGCAUCUAUGGCUAAUAUUGCUAUUCCUUUAACUGCUACUUUUAAUGUUGGUUAUGCAAUAGCUGCUCGUUUUAUGGUGGGCCUAGCUGAAGCACUCUUACAACCAGCUAUUAACUCGCUCGUUACACGAUGGUUCCCAGCAUCUGAACGGUCAUAUGCUUUGGGGCUAGCUACUGGAGGGAGGCAAUUUGGCACUCUACUAAUUAUCCCUACAGCAGGCGCAUUAUGCGCUCAAAACAUUUUUCUUGGCGGUUGGCCAUCUAUAUUCUAUGUUUCUGCUUUUUCGGGGCUUCUAUUUGUUUUGAUUUAUAUUUUGGUUGGGGCUGAUAAGCCUAGCAAACAAAAUUGUAUUUCUAAAGGAGAAUUGACAUUUAUAACAGUAGCAAAUUCACUGGAACAUAUGGGACAGAAACGUAUAAAUCGCAAAGUUCCCUGGAAGUGUAUAUUAAAAUCCCCACCAGUAUGGGCAGCGCUAGUUUCUGUUGUUUGUCACGAAUUUCCUUUAAUGACUAUGAUAAUGUUUUUGCCUGCUUAUUUACACGAUGUUCACCAUUAUGAUUCUACCCAGAAUGGAAUUUAUAGUGCUCUCCCAACUUUAGCUCUUUGGAUAAGCAAAAUUACUUCAAGUUGGCUUAACACGUGGCUACAGGAAAAUACAAAAUGGGGCGUCUCUUAUAUUUCUAGGGUUCUUAAUGCAAUUGGCUCAAUUGGAUUGUCACUCUUCAUGUUAGGAGCAACCUUCUUAGACUCAUCCAGAGCAUCAUUAGCAGUCGUUCUCCUAUGUUUUUCAAUGUUUUUUACAGGAUUGCAUACGCCUGGAUGUCAAGCGGCUUUAGUCGCUGUUGCCCCCGCAUUUUCUGGCGCUAUAACUGGGCUAACUUUCUUUUUUGUUGCAAUUAGUGGUAAAAUACCAAAAAAUUUUCCGAUAAAAUUUUUUGUAUUUUAA